GCAGCAGGGGCUGCAAGUGCCCGGGUGGGCGAGAAAGGCGAAGGGCAGAAGCGAAGCAGCACCGCCGCCGCCGCCGCCGCCCUGAGGAUUUGACUUACUGGAGGGACACUUACCGCGGAUUCCCCUGAGGGCAGCCGGAGGAGCCGAGAAGCAAGGCAGAGGGCGCAGGGCGAGGAGGAGGAGGAUUGAAGGCUGCCUCUCCCGUUCCCCCCGUUGGAUUGGUUUCUUUGCAGGGAUCUGCAGCUGCAAUAUGACUCUGGAGGAGCUCGCUGGGGAGCAUCAGACUUUCGGAAGCAUGGAGAAGGUAGGGGAUGCCCUGGAGGAAGUCCUGAGCAAAGCCCUGACUCAGAGAAGCAUCACCAUCGGAGUGUAUGAGGCUGCCAAGCUGCUCAACGUGGAUCCAGAUAAUGUGGUGCUUUGUCUGCUGGCAGCCGAUGAGGAAGACAACCAGGAUGUUGCGCUACAAAUUCACUUCACCCUGAUCCAAGCUUUCUGUUGUGAGAAUGACAUUAACAUACUCCGAGUGAGCAACCCAAGCCGGCUAGCGGAGCUGCUGCUCUUGGGGGCGAGUGGAGGGGGCGAGCCGCCUGCAGACCUGCACUGUGUGCUUGUGACAAAUCCACAUGCCUCUCAAUGGAAGGAUCCAGCCUUAAGUCAGCUUAUUUGCUUUUGCCGGGAAAGCCGCUACAUGGACCAGUGGGUUCCAGUGAUUAACCUUCCCGAACGAUGACAGCAUAUGGAUGAAGCUGAAUUGAACAGAAAAAUUGCACUGAAGUUUCAAAAUACUUUAGUAGCUUGCUCAGGAAGCAAUUUCCCAGCCUGACACAAGGAUUACAGUAACUGAUGUCAAGUUGAGGUUGAACUACAUGUUGUGAGAAAUGGAGAGACAUUUGACUUUGCUGUUGGAAGAUGGACCCGAAGCAGAGCUAUGUUGGGGGAGCAAUAGGAAGUCCUUGUGGAGGAAGUCUGAGUUCUGCAAGAAGGUUGCAAAAACAGUGUGCCGAUUUCCUUUCAGAACACACCAAAUGUGCUUUGUUGGAGUUGUAGAAGAGCAACUUUUUGUUUCCGUUUUUAAAUACCUUUCACUUGUAAGAGCUAAAAGGGUUAAUUAUUCUUAAAUCUUUUGUUCCAACAUGCUUGAUUUCUUAAGUUUUUAUUCUAAGAAAUAUUAACUUAUUUUAUGAUACCGAUGAAAGAUUUAUUUAUGCUUGGGAUUUUCAAGAGCAAUCCUGCUUGCACCCCUUGUAUUAAAAAUGUUUGAACUGCUAUAUUUUAAUAAAUUGUUUGAAACUGGACUGUGUUCGCUGAAAUAAAAAUUUCAAAACUAUGGCAAA